UAGGAGGAGGUUUGGUCCUUUGAGUCACUGUGACGUGCUCGGUCAGUCACAUAAAACUGAAGAGCUGCCAGAAGUUCACCCUUUGCAACAAGAAACACAAGAGUGGGAGAGAGCAGUAGAAAGGAGUGGAGGUGCAGAGUGGAUAUCGGAGACUCCUGUGAACCAUCUUUUUAAAUUUAGUAAGACAACAUGGCAACUGUACUGCAGAAACUUAUCACGCCAGUGUCUGAGCAAAGAUCCGAUGCUUCAAGAAAUAAGGUCACUGUUGUAGGUGUAGGCCAGGUUGGGAUGGCCUGUGCUGUUAGCAUUCUCUUAAGGGAACUUACUGAUGAGUUGGCCUUGGUUGAUGUUCUGGAAGACAAACUGAAGGGAGAAAUGAUGGAUCUUCUUCAUGGUAGCCUGUUUCUCAAAACUCCAAAGAUUAUGGCUGAUAAAGAUUAUGCAGUGACUGCUAAUUCUCGGGUAGUGGUUGUUACUGCUGGAGCACGUCAACAAGAGGGUGAGAGCCGUCUGAAUCUGGUGCAGAGAAAUGUCAACAUCUUCAAAUUCAUCAUCCCUCAGAUUGUAAAAUACAGUCCCAACUGCACAAUCAUUGUGGUUUCCAACCCAGUUGACAUUCUGACUUACGUAACUUGGAAGAUCAGCGGUUUCCCAAAGAAUCGUGUGUUUGGCAGUGGCUGCAAUUUAGACUCUGCCAGAUUCCGUUACCUGAUGGCUGAAAAACUUGGUCUCCAUCCAUCUAGCUGCCAUGGAUGGGUGCUCGGAGAACAUGGAGAUUCCAGUGUUCCUGUCUGGAGUGGUGUCAAUGUGGCAGGUGUUGGACUGCAGCAGCUUAACCCUGAUAUCGGAACUGCUCAGGACAAGGAGAACUGGAAAGAUGUGCAUAAAAUGGUAGUGGACAGUGCUUAUGAAGUGAUUAAACUGAAGGGAUUCACUAACUGGGCCAUUGGCCUCAGUGUUGCUGAACUGACUGAAUCCAUUGUAAAAAAUUUGAAGCGAAUUCACCCAGUAUCCACCAUGGUAAAGGGCAUGUAUGGCAUAAAGGAUGAGGUCUUCUUGAGCCUGCCCUGUGUCCUGAGUGCUGAUGGCCUGACUGAUGUCAUCAACCAAAUGCUGAAGGAUGAUGAGGUGGCCCAGCUGAGAAAGAGUGCUGAGACCCUGUGGAACAUUCAGAAGGAACUGCAGAAUCUGUAAUCUUAAGGAUGACUGCGGUACUCCUUAAUCUGAUAGAACAAAUCGGCCAAUUACAGCAAGAAGUAUCUGCAUUCUCGUGAUUUGUAUUUAGAGAUGUUGUUACCAGGUGCUCUCAACAAUUGUAAUUGGUCCAAAUUAUAUUGCUAUCGCUUAAAAGGAAUAAAAUGUGUAAACCUUC